GGGAGUAGGGAGGGCGGUGGACUGGAGAGGUGGGGAACCCGAGGAGGUGGCGGUCCGGUGUCCAGGCGACGGGGCGUGACGGGGCUGCAAGGUGGCGGGAGGGGGCCGGGCAGGAGCCGGCGGGAGGGCCAGGCCUGGAGGCCCCCACCCUGGCGUGCCCGCCCCGGCCGCGAUUGAGGAGGAAGAGGAGGAUGAUCUCCAGAUACACUCGGAAGUCUGUGCCACAGAGCUUGGAGCUGUGGGAGAAAGAAAAUUUUCUUCGGAAAUCUCUCCUUCCAGCCCUGCCGGACUUUGUCCCUUCUACCUACAACUCCUGCUAAGGGAAAGGAAUAACAAAGUAUGCUCUUAGUCAUCAUCCCCUUCCAGAGCAGCUGGAUGACAUUUCCUCUGCCAAUGACAGCCACACAAAAGACACGAGCUCCCAAAGUGAGUCUGACAUCACACAAGAAUCACCUUUUACAUCAGCUGAUACUGGGAAUUCAAGGUCUGCUUUUCCAAGUUAUACAGGCACAGGGAUCUCUACUGAAGGCAGCUCGGACUUCUCCUGGGGAUAUGGAACUUGAUCAAAAUGCCACUGAGAAAGUCCAGGCAAUGUUCACAGCCAUUGAUGAGCUCCUGUAUGAGCAGAAGCUGAGUGCACACACCAAGAGUCUACAGGAGGAGUGCCAACAGUGGACAUGCAGUUUUCCUCACCUCAGGAUUUUGGGUAAGCAGAUAAUCACUCCAAGUGAAGGUUAUGGACUGUAUCCCAGAUCCCCUUCUGCUAUUUCAGUUUCACAUGAGGCAACACUGUCUCAGGAAAGAGAUUCUACUAUAUUUGGCAUCAGGGGAAAGAAGUUACAUUUUUCAAGUCCUUAUGUUCAUAAAGCAUCUUCCAUUGCCAAACCCCCUAGCCUGUGUUCUAUGGGAAAAGAAGAGGAAGACUGUAUAAUCCUCUCUGAAGGGAUAAUAGAGGAAUAUCUAGCAUUUGACCACACAGAUAUGGAAGAGGGGUUUCAUGGAAAGAAAGCAGAAGCAGCUACAGAGAAACAGAAAUUAGGGUAUCCGCCCAUCGCUCCAUUUUACUGCAUGACAGAGGAUGUCCUUGCUCACGUGUUUGACGACGUGUGGAGCAAGGUCCUGAGCUGCAUGGAGCAGUUGACACGUACUCACUGGGAGGGAUUUGCUUCUGAUGAUGAGAGUAAUGUUGCAAUCACCAGAUCGGCUUCGGAAAGCCCCUGUGUGCUAAGUGAACCACAACCUUUGGUCUUACCUCGAGUGCCACAGUCUAAGGUGCUGUCGAUGACCUCAAAUCUGAUGAGUCUCUGUCAAGCAGCAAGUGGUCAUCAGCCAAAUGUGAACGGUCUCCUGGUUCAUGGGAUGCCUCUACAGCCAAGAAAUCUCUCCCUGAUGGACAAAAUCCUAGAUCUCGAUGACAAGCUACUUAUGAGGCCUGGGUCCAGUACCACCCUUUCGACCCGAAAUUGGUCAAAUCGAGCCCUAGAGCUUUGUACAUCAUCUCUGUCAUAUACAGUGCAGUCCGCCAGGAGGCGCAACCCCCCACCACGAACCCUGCAUCCCAUCAGCACAAGCCAUUCCCGAGCUGGAACACCAAGACCUGUGGAAGAAAUCCUCAGAGGAUCCCGAGUCCAAGUGGUGGCUGACUCCCUUUCUUCUCCCUCACCAAUGCCCCUGAGCCGAAAUAAUCUGCUGCCACCCAUUGGCACAGCCGAAGUGGAACACCUGAGCACUGUGGGGCCACAAAGGCAAACGAAAACCCACGGUGAUGCUAAUCGUGCUCAAAGUGCAGUGGUGGAUGAGCCUAAUCAUCAGCAGCCCCAGGAGAGGCUCCUUUUACCUGACUUUUUCUCCAGGCCCAACACAACUCAGUCAUUUUUGGUCCUCAACCACAUGGGUCUACAAAGUCUCAAAACAGAAGUGGGCCAGUCUCUAGAACCAGGCAGGGACCAUAGGGCAAAUGGGAAGAACCUGCUUCAGGCUGCAGCAAACACGUGGGAAGAUUUCAUAAGCCAGUGUUCCUGUGAUGCAGAGUUUGUAUGGAAGAGACAACUUGAAACUAUCUUCAUGGAGAGUUAUUUUGGUACAAUUGCUAAGAAAAGAGUAUCUGCCAAAGAUUACAUGGGUACUGUUUCUAUCUCCAAUUAGUCUUCUUUCAGCUUUAAGUUGAACUACUCCAACAGACAGUAAAGUUUGUACCGAAAGAUAUAACAGAAGAAUAAUUACUCCCAAGUUACUGCUCAUGUUGUCUGUUAACAAUGAACAAACAGUUCAAUUAUUAUAGGAUUCUGUAAGACUGUACACACACAAAAACCAGCAAAUUAUUGAUAACAUUCAUUAAGUCAUCACUGGCUUUGAAAUACUUCUGCUUAUAUUAAUUUCCAGAGAGUUGUACUCAGUUUUAAGUCAUUUUUAGCACACAGGGCUGUCAAAAAUCUGAACUCAUCAAACAGAUGUCAUUCCUAAAGCUUUCUCGUUAGAUGCCCAGCCCCACAGACAGAUACAGAAGGGGUGAGUAUCUUAAAAAUGUCAAUGUUAAACACUGGUGUAGAGUAGCAUAGGUAACAAACCGUAAUGCAUAUUACUUUUUUCAGACAGGACAGCUCAACCUCACAAUGACUGGUAUUAGGUUAUACUGCUUUUCUUUAGUGGUCAUAUUUCUCUCAUAUAUUAAAUUCAACUUGCCAGAUUUUCUCCUUCAGCUCUAGAAGUCAGUUUACAAAUUUAUAGAAUCUAUUAGUGAGCCAGAAAGAUGCAAUUCCUUAAAAUUUCAGAUGGUGAUUAUUCCAGCAUAAACAUAUUCUAAGAGCAGAAGCAGAGAACUUAGACAUUCUUCUAAUUUUACCCCAGACCUUCUCCUGAGUGCACCCAUGAAUGCAGCAACGGCUUGAACUAUGGCUUUAUUUUAUUUAAAUUUCAUUCAACUUUAACUUUAAUGAUCAUACCAGUUUUAGACCUUAUUGUUAAUCUUCAGAGGGAUAAAUUCAAGUGACCAUAAGAUGGGAUAAUUUUGUAUUAUAUCAAAGUGUUCUAAUACUGUCAUAUGAAGACAGAUGCUUCAAACAACCUGCAUUAAAUUAUAUUUUAAUACAA